AGACAGUUACACGGUUACACGCUUUGGCGAGGGGCGCGACGCACCCGAGAUCGAUCGCCUGCAGCUGCGUCGACUUCUACUUGACCCAGUGGAUGCAAGUAAGACCGAUGGAACCAUGCAGUGAGCUCUGUUGGGAGAAAGGAGAGCAUCCCUUCUGGAAGCAAGGAAAAUGGCUACACAAUUCACUUCACCAACGGCAGCUCAGCGACUGGGUGCAGGCUUAUCGUUGGUGCUGAUGAUGCUUGGACCAAGAUUCGCCCUCUGCUUACGCCAGCGAAACCGGUCUACUCUGAAGAAAUGUACAUCGAAGGCAAAAUAUCACACAACGACCCGAGCUACAGCACAGCCAGGGAAACAGAGGAACCAUGAUUGCGGUGGGCCAGCAGAAGCAAAUAGCCGUGCAGCAGAUCUCCGACGGCACAUAUCGCGUGUAUUUUGGUCUGACAGUGCCGGAAGCUUUUACCACCACUGCAGCGGCAGCGCCGUCGACAAGACCGAAGCCGUACGUCAGAUGCUGCUGUCAUUGGACGAUUUUACGAAUCCUGGGCGCCACAGCCCAAGGCCAUUAUUGCGAACGCCGAGGGCCACCUUCCGUGCUUGGCCUUUGUGCCGCAUGGAGGUAGGUGACAUUGGCUGGAAGCGCGAGGUCGCUCCUGGAGUGACUUUGCUUGGAGAUGCGGCGUACGCGUCGACCCCGUUUGUGGGCGAAGGGGUCAAUUGUAGCAUGUACGAUGCAGUUAUGCUGGCUGAACGCAUUCUCCAGCACUGUGGGAGUGUUUCAAGUCUCAGCAAUGUCCCGGCAGUCAGGUUGGAAACAGCCUUGGCCUCAUUUGAAGAGGAUAUGUUCGAGCGUGGCCGGGACCCGAUCCGUCGUAGCACGGAGAGCGAGGAGAUGCUAUUUGCUGAGAAUGCGGCAGGGCUACUUCUCCAGGCCAUCAGUGGUGCUAUGGUGCAUAGGAAGAGCACCGCAUGGAGGUGGAUGUGCAUUAUAUUAUGUUUCACAUUUGGCCCCUUUAAUGGUAUUAUCCAUAUUCUACUCUUAAUAUACAACCCUCAACACCAUGGUGCCUUAGGCUAGCGCCCUUAGAAAGGUUUCUCCAGACAUCAAGCUGUCAAAGACCUCUA